UCUGAGCAGAGCAAGUAAAGACGAGAAAAUAACUGUCAUGUUGUCUUUGCCAAACCGGAAAGGUGACUUUUUUUGCCGCGGCCGUGUGCGCAUCCGCGCGUGCGUUUGUGUGUGUUGGUUGGUGGGUGUGUAUGUGCGCGACAAGGAAGGUGAGAAGGACUGAGGGAGGUGUAGCACAAACAGGUGUAUGAAGCAGGUAGAGCUGCGCCUACUUUUCCUAAAGGGCAAACAUGAUGGCGCUCGCUUGACAAAGCAACACGCAACCAAACUGAAGGAUUUACGCGUUCCAAGGACUGAGUUUAAGUACAACUUUAGAGGGGACCUGCUUUUAAAGAAAAACACACGGUUCAAGAUGAUCCGGCAGUAGCAGGCAUGGGUCCGCCUCGUUGCUCCAUGCAUGCCUGUCAUUGAGGAUACCACCUGGACUGAUGUGCGUUGCUCCAGCGCAGAAAUUGCACCAAUUUGCGCAGAACUGAAAGUAACUGAGGAGGAUGACAUCUCUGCUGAACACACUCUCUCUGUGUCUCUGUGUCCUCCGGAUCUGUGUUCCAGUGAUACAGGGGGGAUUUGUGGAUCUCCCUUUAGAAGAUCCUUUACGCUCCCUAGCCGAGGAGGAAACCACCCUACCCUGUCGCUACAAGCCAAUCGAUGGAGACGUCGUGGUGCAGGUCACCUGGUACAAGGAGAAACCUGAUGCCAACAAGGAGCAGAUCAUCACUGCACACCAUACAAAUGGACAGACAGCAUUUGGGACCUGGUCACGACAUGUGCGCUUCAAAAGCAGUGACCCAACCAUAGACUCGUCUCUGGUCAUCAUGAGCACAGAGGUCUCUGAUGAGGGGAAGUACAUCUGCCACAUCAGCACCUUCCCAUCCGGCAACUUUGACACGGAGGUGUCUCUCAUCGUGUGGACCUUCCCAAUCUCCUCCCUGGACCCUGUGAUUCUGGUGGAGGGACAGUCUUACGGACUGGCCGCCUCAUGCCGUGCAGUAGCCCGCCCGCCUCCCAACCUCUCCUGGGACACGGACCUAAAUGGCCAGUCCACCAAUCGCUCCGCCGACAACGGGGCGGUCUCGUCACACUACUCCAUACACCCCCUCAGGAGUAUGAACGGCAAGAAGCUGGACUGCCUGGUGUGGCAUCCGACUUUACAGAGCCCCCGCAGGAUUAAAAACAAACUGGUGGUUCACUACCCUCCACACGCAGAGGUGACUGGCUUCAAUGGAGACUGGUCCAUGGGUAAGGAGAAUGCUGCCCUGAGGUGUGUGAGUGGAGGAAACCCUAAACCACAGAGUUUCACCUGGAUCAGGAUUGGUGGAGCGCUGCCAGAAGGUGUGAUCCCCCACCCUAAUGGAACACUAGCUUUUGGGCGACCCUUGAGCAUGUCGGACGGAGGCACCUACCAGUGUGUGGCGACGAAUGAAGUGGGAAAAGGGAAGGCGGAGGUGGAGAUUGGUGUUACAGAAGCUCAUGAGGCGCAGUCGAUGCUGGAAAACAUGCUGAUGUUGAUCGUGGGAGGUUUGGCUGGCGGGCUGCUGAUCUUGAUGCUCAUCGUCGUCAUCAGCGUGACCUGUCACCACAAAAGCAAGAACAAGAAGCUGAAGAGGGAGCUGACGGAGAGGAAGGAGGAAAUAAGCACUCUCUCCAGGCAAGCUUCAUUCAGGAGGAUGAACUCUGUCAGCACAGAUGUCAGAGGAGCGACGGAAGAAAACAUCCCUCUGAGAGUGGAGGGGACCAUGAGGACCAGCCUGUCAUCCCUCGGGGAACAGGCCUACAUUCGAGACAGCCGAUCUACUAUCUCAGGUCGGGGAGGAGGAGGAGGAGGAGGAGGAGGGGCGUUCGACUACCUGGGCAGACCAGUCCUGCACAACAACUCGCGGCGGGGGAGAGAGCGGCCUCUGGAUAGAGAUGAGGAGAACCGCCUCAGAGUGGAAACAUAUGUAAGAAACAGCACGAUAUCUUUGCAGGAAACCCGUUUCCACCCUCCUCUCACGCCAUCACCCUACCCAGUGGUGCAGUCCACUGAGAUUGUCAGACAGCUGCACGGCAGCGCGAUUAUUCCAAUUGAAGGGGGAUCAAGACCAGGAAGUGUCAACAAGACUCUCCAGCAUCCCCCUCCAAACUGCACCUACCCUCCGGUAACAGAUGAUGAGGAUGAAGUGGAUGAAGGUUUGGGGGGUCCUGCCAGUCAGGAGCAUCCUGAUGAUCAAGACAGUGAGACCAACAGCUCCCAUGUGUCUGAGGGUCACAGUAUGCGCUUCCAGCAGACUAAUGGCACACUCAGACCUAAAUCUCGACUGAGCCCCAACGGGGUCAACCCUCAUGCCUCCCUGAUCCACAAGGCCCAGAUAGUUUAGCAGGCAGCUGAUACUAACAUUCCGAACUACAAGAGGGGCCAUCUCUGGGCUUGGGGGUAGUUCUUGGGGGAUUUACAGGUCAAAACCUACAAGAACCAGUCCUGGGUGGGUUGUCAAAAACACUACAUGAUGCAUCCUCUUUUUUGUGUGGGAACACAGUGCAAUAGAACUAAGUCCUCAUAGGAAAAUGUGCUCCAAUGCAUCCACAGGACGGUAGGUGACGUGUGGUCUGAAUCCACCUGGACAUUAAAAAGACGUUGUUGCAGUAUUUUCAGUGCAGCUACUACAGCCUUCAAUUCCUUGCUUCUUAAUUUCUUUCCCCUCAUAGCACUGGCUACUCUUACCAGCCAUACCUAACAGGUGACUGUAGUGCACAUACCCUUUUGUGGGGGAUGUUGAAAGCACCCGGCACAGCAAUUCAGGAAAUGCAGGAACAGUAACCUCGGCUGCAGGAGCUGUGGACGUUGGUACACCAGAGAAGUACAUUGCAACACCUGAGUACUAAGGGUGGACGUUUGCUCCAGUGUUGUUCAAUUUACCAGUAACUGUGCCUGCGUUAAGUUUCUUUACUUGCACAACAGAGUGUGGGCUCUGAUCCAAACCAUGGGCUGGUUCCUCUCUAGCCACACCUGAAACAUGCAUACCUCUGUAUUGUCUUACUGUCCUCAUGCCUCCGCCUAAAGCAUUGAGACAGUUGGGAUUAGAUAAAGAAAUCAUACUGUCAAAACACAACUGAACAUGACCUUUAGGUGUAAUGAUUUGGCUAAGUGUAUAUUUGUAUAUAUGUGCAAAUAGUUUCCUUUUUAUAAAACCUUUUUGCAGCUAUUUUUGGAUUACUUUCAUCUGAAUAAUCAAUAACACAGUCCUUAAACAUGUAAAAGUUCAGUCAGGUCCUAGUUCUCCAGUGGACCCCUUCCUCAUCAACCUACAUAACAACAAACAAAAUAAGAGCCGUCAUGAAUGCUCACAUACAGUACAUGGAUGCAAGCUAGUUAUGCUGCCAGACAUUUUUACUGUACACUUCACUGUCAAACUGUUUCAUUGAAUUGAUUUGUGUUAUCGUGCUGCUCGAUAUGGCUCCUUGAUCUGGACUCCUACAUCACAACCCUGUGCAUGCUGUAUCUGGGAUUUGCCAAAUUUCUCCUGCUGGCUGUAUUUUUAUGAUUCUCCAGACAGAUGACUUUCCACAAGGUCUCUGACAUAAACUGUUACAGAUUGUUGACAUUGUGGCAUAACCAUGUCUGUAUUGUAUGUGUGUGCCGAUGACUUAACGUCUUUGUUUAUACUAAAUGUGUGCUGAGUAUUGUUGGGUUGUUUUACAGCCCUGUAAUUGGAAUCAAUGUGCCAAUAGGAAAACACAAAAUCUUUAACCUUUUGGCAAAUAUGAAGUAUUAUUUUUGCCUUACCUUCUGUAACUUUUAGUAUUUUCCAACAUAACUGUAAAUGUACCUGUCGCUUUAAGAUGACACUUUUGGCAGAGGCAAUGUGCUAAAUGUGAUUUGCGAGCACCUAACAGGUAAGAGGAGUGGAUGAUGGGUAUUUUGUGAGAAUGUAGUUUGUAUUUGUUGUAGACUGUGCCCCCUGAUGUAUACUGCAGGAUAGUGCAGGGACCUGAACGAGCCUACAACCUAACAAACUAUGAAAGACUCUACAACCCGCUGUGAUUUUGGAAACUAAUCUUCCUCCUUCACGUGUCUGGACUUUUGUUUCUUUUGAGGGCUAUGUGGGCUAACAUCUUGUGAUGAUUGGUUGAAAUAAAUGUGCAUGUUUUUAUUUGAUGCAGACCAAAAUUCAUUAAGAAAUCUUGGGUGUGUACACUGAUACUUUUUUCAGUUUGUUAGAAAAUGGUAUAGUGACAUUUUUGUAAGUAUUACAUUUUGAACUGUCAGAUGGGCAGGGUUGGAUCAUGCUGCUGAUUGCAAAAUGAGCUACGUGCUCCAUUAAACACCUGUUUCUGA